AUGUCGGCAAUCCUGGAAGACCAGUCAGUCUGGGACCAUUUCUUCCCACCGCUUCCACCUAACCAUCCUCCCGUUGAGGAAGGCCUCGCCGUCGAUGUAUUGGAGUGGUAUUCAGAUGCAACUGCCAAUGCACGAGUCGAGCCACCUAUCAAGACAGCAAAAGCACUGAUCGCCUGUGACGAAGACCCCAAUUCAACCUGCAGUCUCCGCAUCGUCUUCUUACCCCGAGACCCCCCAGACCUAUCGGCAGAUCUAGCUUUGAAAGCGAUAUACCAGCACUACGCCUUCCCCUCAGCCUGGCUGACAGAACGACUCCGCAACGUGACGCAUUCUUUCGGUGGCCACAAAGUCCUCAACAACCCGAAUGUCGAUGUAGCGUGGAUGCGGCUUGUGUGUAAGGACGUCCAGGUCAGGGCGACGGUCGAAGUCGACAACUUGCAGUUCUACGACAUCGUCGACGGUACAGCGAAGAAUCCUCGCGGAGGCAGCCAGGAUAGUUCGGCGUGGUGGCAUCUCGAUGCGUUGGUUCAUACGAGGGAGAGGGCUGAUGGGUCGAAGUGUGUUACACUGGUGUGUUUUAGUCAGAGGCAGGAUAUUGUGAGGAGGUUUGAGCAGUUGUUGGGUAGUGAUUCUUGGGAGGACGCUGUUCAGGAUCCCUACCUGCUGUUUAGUAUACUGUUGGAGAAGUGGUAUCUUACCUUGGAUCGAGUUGCUUGGGGUUUGGCGGAUGUGUUUCGACCGAUUGAGAUUUUGACGUUGCGGAGGAGUGAUCGCAAGCAGGCAGUUCGUCCUAACAAAGAGGAGGGCCACGACGACGACGAUGGAACAGUCAUCCCCGACCUCGACUUCGCCGGCCUACACAACCUUUCGAAACACUGCACCUAUCUUCUUGAAGCAGCCUCCGCAACCCUCCUCGUCCUCGAAAACAUGACCCACCACCACCGCUUCCUCCACACAAACAACACAACAUCUUUAUCGACCGCAACGGCAACAUCACUCACCUACCGUAAAUCGACCCUCGAAUCGACUCAACUCCGGCUCCAGAGCCUCCAACAACGCAUGUCGAACCUUAUCAGCCUCUCCUUCAACCUCGUCACACAGGAGGAUAGUCAGACGAUGAAGAACGAUAGUCAUGCGAUAAAGGCUAUCGCGAUCCUCACGCUCAUCUUCCUCCCACUCACCGGCAUCGGAUCUGUCUUCAGCACGCCCUUCUUCGACGUUGACUUCGACUCGGAGAGCAGGAUGCUACGAGUCGCAAGGAGCUUCUGGAUUUUCUGGGCGAUUACUAUCCCGCUUACGGGAUUGCUGCUUGGGUCCUGGGGGGUGUGGUACUAUCAAACGAAGAGUGGUAGUGACACACAGCACCGUCGUCAGCACCGGGGUUCCUCCGCGGCGGAACAGGGAAGGGGCGGAGGAGGAGGUGAUGAAGAGGUCGUCCUCCUGCGGCGACUUCGUCCACGCGAGCGUCAUGCUGGCGGCGCACCUGCAUCUUCCUUACGCAUGAUUGAGUUGAGGAGGCUUUUCUCUCGGUCCCGAGCGUUGAAGUGA